UGUUGCAUGUUGUUUACGCAAAACGAAUGACUCAUUUUGGAACACCAAAGUACCUGACAAGACAAACAAAUUAAAAUAUUUUCUGAAGAAAAUCGUUUCUUUUAACCUUAGAAGCAUGGAUUUAGCUAUAAAUUACUCAAUAUCACCUGAAUUUGACUAAAAGUCAACCAAAAAUGAUUAUGCAUGAGAUGCAAAUGUAAGGUCAAAAGUCGCGCGCGCGAUAUCGAGAUUGUGAACGCAAAAAUGGCGUCGAGUAGCGACGAAAUAUCCCCAAAUGGGGACGCAAAAAAGGAGAGAAACCGAUCAAACCUGCGGCUGUCUGACUGCAAAUGCCCGAUCUGCAUGUCUAUCUUGAUCGAGCCCGUGCGAAUGCCCUGCAAUCACGAGCUGUGCAUGCCGUGUUUUCGACAGAACGUCCAGGAGGCCAACUUCACUUGUCCGAUGUGUCGACUGCGGAUCAGCAACUGGGCCAGGCGGCGGGCCAGGGAGAACAAACUUAUGGAUGAGCGGAGGUGGAGGCAGAUCCAAGAGGCUUUCCCCGACCAGUGCCGCCGGAGGAUGGAGGGUGAAGAGGAAGAAGCAGAAGAAAUUCCUGAUUUUCUUCCAGUGAAGAGAAUUUGUGAACCGGGAGCUAUAAAACAAGAAUAUCAAGAGGCAAUAGAGAAGCUGAGGAGUGAACGCCAACAGAUGGAAGAGCUGGAAAUCAAGAAGAGCGAGGAGUAUAUAGCCUGGCUGCAGAGGGAGGAAGUCCGAUUGUAUGAAGAGCAGCAGAAUGAGCUGGCGCAGCAACAGAAGUUGGACGAGGAGUUAGCCCGGAAGAUGUCGCAGGGAGACAGCCCCAUGCAGGAAGAAAUCAGAGCCCAUAAUCUACACGAGCAAGCUUUGAAGGAUGAGGAGUUUGCCAGAAAACUGCAGAAGGACAUCUUGAAGAGCCCUAGUGGUGUGUCAUCUACACCAAGUACCACCACCACAAUCAUCUCCAAAAAAACGUCCCGGAACUCUUCGCGCAGCAGCAGUACCAGCACCUCAUCCACCAUCAAGUGUCGCCGCAUUGACACCUUCCUCUCCCCCAGGGCCAAGCAGACAUCUCCCUCAUCCCGAACCUCCUCCAAAGCAUCGUCCUCCAAGUCUGCUCCCAAUGCCUCACCAGUUUUAAGUGUCUCCUCUGCGUCCAGCUUAAGGGCCUCCAGUGAUUCCUCCGUCUCCAGCAUCGCUCUGGACUUUGACAAGCCCUCAACCUCCAACGGAGAUACCAAUGACCAGGUCCUGAUCGGCGAUCCACCCUGGGGAGACCGGAGUUCAAGCGAUUGCAUCCUAGAGAUUGUCUCCAAUCCAGCAAGCCCUGAUAUCUCCUACCCGAGUCCCAGCAGUGACUCAGGAAGCAGUAAAGGCUUAAAGGGCUGCUUGCUGAACCCAGACUUUGUCUUGGAUGCGAAAGAGGAGCAGGGAGACGAUGGCGGUGGAGACGAGAAGGGAAACAAGAAAGAGAGUGCCUUUGAGAGUGUCGAGAAGAAGUCCUCUGAGGUAGUCAGUGAACUCAAAAGCAUGAGGAAGCGAUCUGACAGCAUGACUAGUACAGAUAGCAUCUCUCCGGAACUGAACCAUUUCAGGCCCAUCGAUGUCUCGCCCCGCACGUCGCACCGUAGGCUCGCCAACGGCAGGAAGGAGUCGCCGAAAGUUGUCCACACCACUCCUCGGAAUCUCACCGCUAACCUGAUCCAAGAAGGGCCCGUUGAAGACACCAGCCUCCCGCCUCUUGUUAAGGCUAAAUUUGAGAGCCUGAUCAAAGAAAAGAGGAGGAAGUUGACCGAAACAUCCAAAGCAACGAUGACUGGCAAAGCUGCCCAAGGCGAAACCAGCUGCUUGAUGCGACAAGAGCUUAACAAGCGACUUCACCGCAAACCAUCUGCUAACAGGCACACGCUUUUUGCCACAUCUGCUCACAAGCGAAAUGCCAAACCAGAAAAGUCCCCCCUUGCAGACGAUAAGCCCCAACAUCAAACGCUGAUACAUCACAUUAAGAAAAGUGAAACUUUGAAUGAGACAAAGGCUCGCCGAGCAAAACAGCCAGCUGGUGACUGGAAGGAUGCUGACAGUGAUGUCAUAAUGAUGGACUUGGAGGAUGAAAGCCCGCCCUCUGUUGUCACAGAGAAUACAUUGAAACCAAGAGAACGGGUGAAUGGAAUCACAAAGCACCACAUUCAGAAAACUGAGGCAGCACCAAAGGAAAAAAACUCGGAUAAAAACUGCAGAGUGAAACGGAAAAGCUGCAGUCCCGAUACACAGAGUAAGCGACAGCGGUUAGAGAAUGCGACAUCUCUCAAGACUACAAAAGAUGCUUGUGGUAGCAGCGAUUCAAGCAACAGCCCAAGUAGUGUUAAGAAGAGCCCUGGAAAGGUGUACCGCAUGAGAACCAACCAGCCCAAGCCAAGACAAAGCAGCAUCAAGCAGCUGUUUGCCCUCAAAGAUGGCGAGUCAACAGAUCCUGAUCAUUCCAUCUCUCCCAAGCAACAGAAGCUGCCUUCACAGAGUAGCAACACUCCCCCCUUGCCCUGCCUGAUUCCAACCCCGCACUCUAGCAGACUCAAAUCAGACAGCAAGAAGGAUGCCAUAACCCCUUCUAAGAAGCUUCUGGUAGAGAACUGUCAGGAGAAUGCCUCCAAGGUAGCGAUGGACAGACAGAAAAUCAUCCCCACCCCGGAAAAGGCAGUCCUGAUGGACGCCACUCAGGGGUCCAACAGGGAACAGAUUCGGGAGCAGAACGGAACUUCGGAACAGGUGAAAUUAGGACAUGCCAACUCCCAAAGCGGGAAGAGACCCUCACCACCAGAGAUCACCGCAACUAAGGCCAAGGCUAAGACGAAAAACACAUCCCCGCCUUCCACCAUCGGCCAGAGACUGCCAAGUCCGCAUCAGAAAACGCCCUCCAAGACCAGACGCAACACCAUCUGGAAGUACAUGGAGCUGGUUGGUGAGGAAGAGCGACGACUCAAGCAAGAAGAGGCAGACCGCAAGCUGGCGCUGCGGCUGCAGGAGGAAUUUGACCGGCAGGAACGGCGACAGACCAGUCAGGUGGAUAGAUCCCAAGGAUCUGAAGCAGCCUAUGAGCUGAGAGGUAGGUUAUGUAGGGCAUCUAGAAAGACAGCAGCAGAGGUCGAUAGUGAUGACGACAUAUUUGCGUGAUGUUUACUAUUUUGUAUGCUCUUUGAUCAUACUUAUUUCAAGUCAAACACCACACACAUUUAUGGCCUCUCGUGGACAACUGUUUCGUUUUCUUAAUUUUUGCUGCCAUAUAUUGUCACUGCGAAGGCUGUCUCACAUAGCAUGACUUAAAAACAUUAAAAAAAGUUUUAUUGUAAAUAAAAAGAAUUAUUUUUCUGAUUUAUGUAAAAAUGCAAAACAUGAAUGCUGUGGUUCAUUUAUCGCUAAACUUGUAAUUAACUUUUUUUCUAAAAUCGGACUGAAUACAUUGUUCUAAUAUAAAGUAAGAUGUAAAUUUGACACAAGCCAGAAAAAUGUCUGCUGAUUGAAAAAAAAAGUAUCAAUACACUAUGUUUAGAGUUGGCGAUGAAAUUUGACCGCAUGUGACAACUCAAAACCGAUAGUUCUACUUUGUAUUUUCCGAUCAGUUUUGGGGUCUCAAUUGUAACCAUCCGAUUGUGUUUGUGAAAGGAAUGUUUUUUUUUUUUUAUUGUUGAGAUUUGCUAAGCACAUGUAUAACAUGUCUUAUCUUAAAGGGAAUAUACAUCAUUUGCUUUUGCUGUAAUUUUCAAAAAUGGAUGGAAUUGGGGGGUUGGAAAUAUAUAGCAAAUAU